UAAAAUACAUAAAAGUUUUGAAGGAAAAUAAUUUGUGAUUGGCGUUUGAUGUUUUCGAGGGCAGUUUUAACAACGAAUUAACCAGAACAUCUGAAUUUUAGAUCCACAGCAUAUUUGGAUAUUCACUGUUGCAAAGCAAAGAUUGUGUUAAAACUAUUCAAUGUCGGAUUAUUUUGAUGAACUGGGCCACGUACCCACCGGUCCUGAGGGAGCCAAUGACUUCGAUCGGCAUUACAAACGUUUGCAAGUACUAGCCAUUAUGAAUGGCAUAGAUAUGGAAAUAGAGGUACCAGAAGCAUCUAAAAGAGCUAUUGCUGAAUUACCAUUUCAUGAGGUAACGGAUAGUGAUGACAAAGACAAUCUUGAAUGUGCUGUCUGCAAACAGCCGGCAGAGAACGGGGAAAAAUACAAAAUUCUGCCUUGUAAGCACGAAUUUCACGAGGAAUGUGUAUUGCUGUGGCUUAAGAAAGCGAAUUCCUGUCCAUUGUGUCGCUUUGAGCUCGAAACUGAUGAUGAAGCAUAUGAAGAAUUAAGACGUUAUCGUCAAGAUGAAUCAAAUCGACGAGAGAGGCAAAGUAAUUUAUUGGAUUCAAUGUUCUCCUAAAUAUAUAAAUUUACAGACACAUGAAUACAGUUGGAAAGGGAUGUGGGUAGAUAGAUAUAAGUACAAACAUAUUUUGAAUAAAUGGAAGUAGGCUUUAAAAGA